AGAGAUCGCUGUCAACUGUAAAGCCAGGGGGCAGGCCAGUAAAAAGCAGCAUGAUGGCAACUGUUGUUCCACUACUGCAAAGCUUAACAUGUCGUGGAUCAACAUUUUCCAUGUUCUCGAAAUAAUAUCGGUAACUGGAACCAACGCAUUAUAUCUGGUGCGUCAUUUUGCUAGAUGGCGUUACCUGGUGCAUGGGACGUGACAUGUUCUUAUGACCAAGAUUUGAGCAAUGGCCUCGAGAACGUUGUAGUUGUAAUUGACAGCAGCGAUGUCGGUAAAGGUGAAUUUCCCAACUUCCAGUACACACCUGAAAAUGUCCCAGGGCCUGGCUGCAGCAGUGACCCAAGUGAGAUCACCCUUCCCGGAUGUCAGUGCCACUUGCAGUCCUGCCAGAGCGAACAGUGCCAGUGUUUGCAGCGAUAUGGCCCAGCAUAUGACGGUCAACACAGGCUACUGGGGCGAAGGGACGAGGAGAGUCACUACUCUAGGCCUGUGUUUGAGUGCAACGCCCUGUGCGACUGCAGUGAAGACUGCUCCAACCGGGUGGUGCAGAAAGGAGUGAGUCUCAGAUUGUGCGUGUACCGCACAAAGGACCGCGGGUGGGGUGUGCGCACCAUGGAAGCCAUACCUCGUGGUUCCUUUGUGUGUGAGUACGCCGGCGAGGUGAUUGGCUUAGAGGAGGCUCGACUCAGACAGCUCAGUCAGGGACCAGAGGACAUGAAUUACAUCAUCGCCGUGAGGGAGUAUGCCGGCGAGGGUGAAAGCAGGGAGACGUUUGUGGACCCUUUGGCCAGGGGCAAUGUGGGCCGCUUUAUCAACCACUCGUGUCAGCCCAACCUCUUCAUGGUACCAGUACGUGUGCACUCCAUGGUACCCCGACUCUCACUGUUCGCUGUGCAGGACAUUGUCCCUGAUGAGGAGUUGACGUUCGAUUAUUCUGGCAGGUACAACAAUCACACAGCAAAGAUUUUGACCUCUGAGCAGAGCCAUAUGUCAGAGCAGAGUGACCAAGGAGAAAGUACAGGCUCCCUGCAGAGGAAACACUGUCACUGUGGAGCACUGAACUGCACAGGCUACCUGCCACUGGACAUCACUGUUCUCCACAGUUAGAGAAGGUUCAUCUUACUUGCCUUUCCUUUAUAUGCAACUUAGUCCACGCAAGGACAUUUCACAUGUUACAUUUUCCGAAAAUAUGCCCCGAAGUGUGCUAGUUAUGAGUUAAGUAGGAGCUGCUCAGAAAGUUGGACCCUUGAUGAAAUUAAAAAAAAAGUACCUCAGAUGCUCCUAGCAUCUAGAAGGUUGUCCUUGUACUCCACAAUCCUGCACCUUGAACAUUCUUUGUCAUCAUACUGUCCUAUUCCAUGUACCAUGCAUGGUAAGGAGCAUGGGCUUUUGUUGCCCACCUCCCCAGCUGAGAUGCACCUCCUCAGUCCCUCAUUGGCCAGUGUCAUCAUGCUCCUCUUAGGUCCCUCCUCCCAAGAGAGGGUUAGAGAUUUGCUUUGGAGAUGCUCAUAUUAGUCUGACAUGCAAGCAAACUACACCUCCUGUGCUGAGGCCAUUUUGUUUUGCUUUUUGUAUCCAUGAGGCUCUACUAAUGUGACUUUUAGUGUUUAUGGAAAUGCAUCAUACUUGGGAGGUCCAACACUAAUGCUACACGUGGGUUGAUUUCUUCCUGCUUGUCAGUUGUCAGUUCAAAAUGCUCACUGGCCCUUUAAGAUCAUCAUAGGAUCUGCACAGGGACAGGGAUGUCUCGGGAGAGGCGUGCAAUUAAAAAGAGCCUGUGGGUGCUCACAUAUAGGAACAGAUCUUACUCCCCGGCCUCACAGAGGGGCGGACGCGACCCACUUCACCGCCGGCAUUCUCAGAUCGGGCCCCUCUCCUCAAAAAACUGUCCCAUAUUCAGUCUAGACCUGCUUUCAUCUUUAUGAUGUUAUUAAUACCCACAUCUGGGUUAAUUAGUUUGGAGACCAUGUUCCGGGCAGAAUUGGGAGCGAGCUUCAGUCACGUUGACAGGAGGCGAGUGGAGCCUCAUCUAUGUCACACCAGAACAGAUGGGCUGCCUAUAUGUGAACUCUGUGAAAUUCCUCGAUGCGAAGAUGUACAGCAAGUUUUUGAGGGUGUAAAUUAAUGUUUGCUCUUCAGCCCAAGCAAGGUCAUGACAUGGUAAUGCCACUCUUGUCUCAAGAAUGUUAAGUACAGUUUAAUGCAGAAAAUAAAAGAUACAGAUUUGUUAAGAUUAAAGCAUGUAUAUGUUUUAUGUA